AUGCAGCCUCCUCCCAGGGCAAAGGGCCACGGCCGCAUGGCCUCCAGCGACGAGCGCCGCCGCGUGGCCAUCACCCGCCGCUCCACCAAAGGCCCGCUGGACGCCGACUUCGACGAUCCUCUAGCUUCGCCGGCUGCCGCCAGCCAUUCUGGCCCCCCGCCCUUAUCGCCGAAUCCCUUCUCCCACCCGCAUCUCCAACACCAACAGCAUCUCCAGCAGCCUAUCACGCCCACGCGCCAAUCUCAGUUGUCGCCCACCCCCUCCACCCCUGCGUCCGUCCUCGAGUCCCCUGACAAGGACUAUGGCUUCCUGUUGCACGCGAACAACUUUCACCCCCUCCCUCCGCACACUACACCGCACCCUUUCCUCUCCGCCUCCCAUCAGCCUCCGCCCUCCACUUCGCUCCGCGAUCUCCUUGAUGGUGGACACUACCGCUCUGCUGCCAUUGCGGCUGCGAAGGCCCUGGUCACAAACACGUCGCCGACUGAUCAUGCGCGCAUUUUCUCGCUCUUCUAUGUGCGGUUGGCCUGCUUGACACUCCUAAAUGAACAUGCGCUGGCCGCCGCAGAGGCGAAGCUACUUGGUGACCUGGCUAGCGCAUUCUACCGAAACCCUCUUACCGGCUCCCACAUAGUGCCAUGGGAACUACGCGUGCUCGCUGUGCGGCUCAUGGGCUUGGGAUAUGGCGACUGGCGGCGCGGUGUUAUGGGUUAUUAUGAGCUGGCCCGGGAAGCAAGAAUAGAGGCGAUCAAGUCCCAAGAUCCCGAAGCAAAACAACUGUGGAAGAGUAGGCUGAGAGAGCUCGCUAUCAGAGUGGCGAAUGCGCUGAUAGAGAUGGGAGAGUGCGAGGGUGCCGCAAGACAUUUGGCGGGGCUUGUCCGCGCAGACUCGGGAGCACAGGAGGCGACUGAGGUAGAUUCGGCGCCGCUGAGCCCAGAAUCAGUGCGCUUGAAGUCUAUGGAGGCGUUGGCGUGGAUCAAAGUCGGCGACAUUGAUGCUGCAAAGCGCUGCGUCACCGCAUCGCCUUCGCCUGCCCCCUCUGCGGGCGAUGCCCCAUCUCCUGCAGACCCCCUCAAUGCUCUGGUCGCAAUGGCUGAAGCAGACUACUCUGCCGCCCUGACUAUAUGGGACACGUUGGCCGCUGAAACCCCCACUGAUCCCAUGGUCACCCAAAAUCGUGCGGUGUGCCUACUCUACGUUGGCCGGAUAGCUGACGCGCGUGCUCUGCUAGAGGAUCUGAUUGAUCAUGGCGAAAACUCGUCCUACGCCUUCCACGCCUUGACGUUCAACCUCAGCACCAUCUACGAGCUCUGCACCGAAAGGUCGCGCGAGCGGAAGCUUGAACUCGUAGACAAAGUCUCUGCUCUUGAGCCGAGCGCAAUGGGUUGGGAAAGGCAAGCUGCAGACUUCAAGUUAUAA